CCUAAAUCACAAUUUUCCCAAACUUGAAUAUCAGAAGAAUUAAUCAAUACUUGAGAUGGCACUCCAUAAAAUGCUAUUCAUAACCAUAUCAUUACUUUUUUGCUUCAUUUCAAAGGAAGCUGUUGCAGAUACAGGGACUGCAACCUUCUAUACUCCUCCAUACGUUCCUUCAUCUUGUAAUGGAUUUCAAAAUGAUGGGGUGAUGAUUGCUGCGGCGAGCGAUGCAAUCUGGGAGAACAGAGGUGCCUGUGGGAAAAACUACAAGGUUACUUGCACAGGAGCAACCAAUGAGGGAGAUCCCUAUCCAUGCACAGGAGCAUCAGUUGUUGUGGAGAUUGUUGACUAUUGUCCCCCUGGUUGCCGUGGUACUAUUGACUUAUCUCAAGAAGCUUUUGCGGUCAUUGCCAAUCCUGAUGCCGGAAAAAUCGAUAUAUCCUUUCAAAGUGUUUGAAUGACAAAGGAUUUCAAUCGCAUGGUAUGUAGCCAGUGAAGAAAAUGGUGUUUGAAAUUUGAAGUGAUGUUUAUUUUUAGUGUUUGGUCUUUUCUUUAUUAUGCAUGGAUGGAGCUAGCAGUUACUGACUGCCAAAAUGUGUAAAAAUAAGAAUGUGUUUUUUUUUUUUUU